GGGCUCAAUCGCUGUUUAAUGGGAAAAUUAUAGAGUACCUAUAUUCAUAAAACGUGUUUAUUCAUACGUGAUAAUGGUAUUAUGUGAAUGACGUGGAAUUUCAAGGAAGUUGCAUUUCACGAAGUGAUCCGGCUAACACUUUCUGCAGUGACUCACAUAUUCCUACGCCGAGUAACCGGAGCGCCAUUGUAAUGGCUGAAAGAAAGGUUGUAUGGACUGAAGCUCACAGUUAUUUACGGAAUUCCGGACAAUAGCGGAGAAUUUUCCGCUGUUGCUGGCCAUGGCUGAUUACGCCGAGGAAAUCGACAAAGAAGUGUCUCGGUAUAAUGAAGAUCUAAACUUGUUUGAGGUCCCACACCCUCAGAGCUACUGGCGAGAAGUGACAGCCAAGCGGUCGGAUACCACUGCAGGAGAUGCGUUUCGUAGCAAACAAAGUGUGUAUAUGUCUCACGUUCACCAAAAACAAAGUCAGCUUCGAUACUCGCCAAAGACAAUGUUUUACUCUAACACAGAGCGAUCGGCUAGCAUUUCGUCCACGUCUCACGACGGUAAGCCACCUAUACCAGCAUCAAUGAUGCUCCCUCAGCAUCCCAUUGCCAUCGGGAUUCCUCACCCCCAGGGAAAGCUGAGCCCCCCGGGGAACGAAAACAGGGGGAUAUACAUCGGAAAUACACGUUAUCCAGCUCCCAAAGCAGCAAUGAUGAAUAAUUCUGUGAGCCAAACUCAGUCUUUUGGAAGUAUGCAACAGACAGUUUAUGCCAAUCUCCCCAUUGUGAACAACGUCACUGUCUCACGGGCUGGAACAAAUUCGAACUAUUCCAGUCCACGAUCAAGUGUUGGGAGUGGGGGUGAGUCAAAGAGCUCCAGCCCUCGGGCUAGUCUCACCUAUCCACCUCCACCCUAUGAUCAACGAUUUGGCAGCCCAAGAUCAAGUAUUGCAAGUCCCAGAUCAAGCCUAAGUGCAAAUUCAUUGGAAUCCAAACAUUCAAGCCCCAGGACUAGUCUUACUGGAGUACUACUGGAUAAGUUUCCCAGCCCACGGACAAGCCUUUCCUCCCCUCAGGAUCGCAUACCUAUUCAGCGUAUUGUGGGUAAUAAUACCGGAUAUAGUGACCAGGAAUUGUAUAAUCUAUCUAUGUCUGGCCAUAGUGCUCACCAGUACCCCCACAGCUAUACGAGCCUCGGACCAAGAAGUGUUUCCUUGUUAAGUGACAACCGUUUUAAUGAGCCUGCACCUCCCAUUUACACUGACCCUCGGCUUCGAACCCUACCCCCCCAGGCUCAGGCUAGUGUGCAUACUAUGGGUUACGCCAACCCUGUCCCCACACCAUCUAACCAACCAAUGAGCAUAAAUUCCACUCAGAAUGGAAACCAUGUGAUUUCGAAUUCCCUCCCUAUUAAUAGUACUGUUGUAGUGAACAGCUUGUCCCACCCAAACAUGACCGGUCCCAACCACCCUGCCCAGUCCCCCCCAGUGAUACCUGCACGAGUCCCCCUCCACUACGAGACAGUACCCUCAAGAACGGCAGGGCCAUCUGAUGCUGAAAAGAAGAUAGCUGCUUUAACCCAGCAGCUUGAGCUUGAAAUGCAAAUUUCGGGAUCUGUGUCUAAAAAGUGCCCUGACUCUCCCUCCGGCAAGAUGCCCCCACCCCCACCCUAUCACGGCCCCCAUGACGUAGAGGUCUUCCCUGGAUCAUACACCCAGAGGAACGCAGUGAGACUAGUGGCCCCAAUUCAGGGGGUACAGGUCCAACGGUCCGGCAGUGUCCCCGUCACGCCACCCACCCAGCCAGGCUCCCCAGGGAUUAAGCCUCAUCUUCACUACCAGGUUACCCCACCCAAAUCCAAGGGUCCCUCAGAGGCCGAGAAGAAGUUGUCGGCUUUAACACAACAACUUGAAGAGGAGAUGGAAAAGUCACCUGUUGGUGAAUAUUUUGGUCAGUGCUACACCUGUGGGGAGAAGGUGACAGGUGCUAACGAUGCCUGUCAGGCCAUGGGCAAUCUCUACCAUACCAAGUGCUUUGUCUGCUGCUCCUGUGGGAGGACGUUACGAGGGAAAGCUUUCUACAACGUCCACGGGAAAGUGUACUGUGAGGAGGACUAUUUAUAUUCAGGGUUUCAGCAAACUGCGGAGAAGUGCGUGGUUUGUGGCCAUCUCAUUAUGGAAAUGAUCUUGCAAGCCAUGGGGAAGUCAUAUCACCCAGGUUGUUUUCGAUGUUGUAUUUGCAACGAGUGUCUGGAUGGCGUUCCCUUCACGAUCGACGUUGAUAACAAGAUCUACUGUGUGGCAGAUUAUCACAGAGUGUAUGCUCCCAAGUGUGCAGCGUGUGGACACGCCAUCACCCCAGUUGAUGGUACAGAGGAGACUGUGCGGGUCGUCUCUAUGGACAAGGACUUCCAUGUCGACUGUUAUCAUUGUGAGGACUGUGGUAUCCAACUCACAGACGAACCAGACAAGCGAUGUUAUCCACUUGAGGAGCACCUGUUCUGCCGAGGCUGUCACAUCGCGAGGCUCAACAUCCAGUACCCUGAUGAACAGUUUUACAUAGACCCACUCACAUUCAACAUUCAGAAAAAGUCGGAUCGACAUGGAGGUUCAGGGAUCAUCACAGUGGCGCCAUCUAGCUAUGCAGCAGUUGCUAUCAACACGGGGUCCAUACCCAUUAUAAACUCGGACAGAAAUCGGGGAGGGGAGGAGAUUCAAAAUGGAGGCCAUAAUUUCGAUUACCAAUAUGGUGGCCCUCCUCCUUAUGCUGCCCCGAACAAACUGACACAAGGCCCACCGAAGCCGGGUACCAAAUAUCACAUCACAGACUUAUAGUUGUCAUUGACAUAGUUUUAGUGCAAAUAUAUAUAUUUAUUUUCUUAUAUCGUGUGAUCGCCAUUGAACAAAUGGGUGUAGAGAGAGGUUGACGUAUCAGGUGAUAAAGGGAGAUCACUCUCAGGUGAUAAAGGGAGAUCACUCUGCAGCUGAGUGAGUGCAUUUUGGACAGCAUUGUUGAUUGUGAUGCCGCGGGAUUCCCUGUAUGGACAAAGUGUGUGGUUAACUUCAGGAGGCUGAGUUGGCUUCAUGGAGGGUAUAGACAUGGCUUUGUAUCAACAAUUGUGUUUGCAGACUGUCUCAAAACUUUGUUUCCCGGAAACUUUGCAUAUUUCAGCGUACAUGUUAAGAUGAGCUACGCUGUCUCCAGAGUGAAUGUGAUGUUACUUUUGUUUUUUUAAUUUCAGGUGGUUGUGCUUGCUCUUCAGUUCUAGGGUUAUGUUGAUGGAAAUUUUGCUUGUGGAUUUCCUAUAGCCACGUCUUUCAUUUCAACCCAAACUUUCAUCAGUUUCAUCCAUUUUCAUAUCUUAAGAAUCUCUCUCCUGUGUAUCCAAAAGUGAUGUGUCAUAUGUUUUGUGAGUGAAACAACAUUAGGAAGAAAUUAUAUAUAAAGAAUAAUUUAGAUAAAUAUAUUUUAUUUAGCUGGAGAUGUGGUCUCAGUUGACAAGAACACUGUAUUUGACAUAUGCGACUUGGGCUCUUUAAUGUCACACAUGGUAAACAAGCUUGUAACAAUCCUAAUGACACGGGCCAGCCCUUUGAGCAUCUAUAAUAGUGUUGCCUGGCAACACAAGGAAGUUGGAUUCCCCCAGCCUUGUGUGGGUAGAAGAUGCUGAAGUCACAUCACCUUUCAUGCUGUGACUAGGAGAGCUUGGUGGUUCAUCAACUUGUAGUUUCUAUAUGAUUACAAGACUAUGGGAACCAUAUUUGCAUGAUGCAUACAGGCUGCUGUCAUACAGCUGGAAUAUUGCUGAGUGCGGCAUUAAACAACAAACAAAAUUCGAACCUAUUUGGCCAGCAAUCCAAAUCAAGUGCCGAGAAGUGUCUUCAUGCAUCCAGUCGAGCACAUGGCAAUACUGUGGAACCAUCUUCUGGUGAUAACACAGUCAGCACAGACUGCCAUGGGCGACAAUGUACACCUGAGUUCAAAGAGAGGUUUUAAUAAAAAAAUACUUAACCUCUAUUAAAUCAUUGUCAUAAAUCCUGAAUUUUGGCUGUCAUCACACUUAAGAAAAUACUUUGAUUUUCCACAUAGGUCCUCUUCACUGUCAGCUGUCCAUAAUCAGUUGUGCAAGUAAUAGUGUCUUCAGGAUCAAUCUUUUCAUAUUUUGGUGGGGUUCAUAUUUUUGGGGAGACAAAAUAUUUCAUACAACUAUUUUUCUGAAAGGAGACAAUUAUUUUUUACACAGUACAUUUUUUUCGGGACAUCUGUCGUGCCUUCAAAUUUAUAUUUUUUUGACAUUUUUGUCUAUUAAAUUUAUAUUUAUUUGGAACAAAUGGUUAUAUUUUCUACAGUCCAAGGGCCUCCAAGAAUAUGACAUGGUGGGGUCCUCUCUUGCCAUGCUCAAUGCUGUUGUAGGGGCACCUGUCCACCUGUCCACUCUGUGCCGUAGCAGGACCAAGUCGCUAUGUCACAUACAUCGUGUUUCUGAAAGUCAAGAUUGUUCGCCGAACAUGCAUUUUCUCUCUUUCGCAUAAUGUGUCACAGAGAUUGGUUGGAUGGGUUCGUGAUUGGUUUGUACAGCUUCUUCUAGUGCCAGAAAUGUGAUGAUUUGUUGCCUGCUAGUGCUGCUUGAUAUAUGGUAACCAGAGAACUAGCCAGUUUGUUACAUCUAUCAUGUUGAAUGUCAGAUGAAUAGUUUUGUUGAACAUCAUAUGAAUAGUUAAGUUGAACAUCAAAUGAAUAGUAACGUUGAAUGUCAAAUGAAUAGUUACAUUGAACAUCAAAUCAAUAGUAAUGUUGAACAUCAAAUGAAUACUUAUGUUGAAAAGAAUUGGUUGUUUCAGAUCAAUUCUUUCGGUCCCCUGUGAUGAAAAAAAAUAUGAAAACCGGUUGUAUGGGACAUAUGUGAAGACACGUAAGGUUUCUGACACGUGUGAUGUCAGUGCUCCUGGGCGCCUUUCACAAAGUGAUCGUAGCUACGACUGUCCUAAAUCUGUUACAGUAUAGGCUUGUUGUGAUCGUCGUAGUGUUAGAUCAGUUGUUGAAACGGGCCCCAAUCCCGGGUGAUGCAUGAUCCUAGUGCUGUACUGAGUCACCUUGACAACAACAUGGGUGAAAAUCUGUUUGUGAAACUGUCAAUGCCAAAAAUAACAUGCUUUGUCUGACCUGCCUAUUUCAUUUGAAUUAUAUUGUGAGAUGCUAUGCGAUGGUUCUGCAUCUGUGUAGAAAGGUGCCUCUGUGUUGGACACAGAUUUCUGAAACAUGCAUGAGGCCGGCUCAAGGCUUAUUGUUACAUAAGUUGUCCAUUGCUCAACCUUGAGGCUGUAAUCUUCAGGUUCGUUCAAUAUUUAUUGCAGGUGUAUGUCUUGAUGACAUUGUUCAGAUAGGACUUAUUUAUUGCAGGGAAGGAGGAACAGAUUGGGUAGAUUAAUUUAUAACAUAUAGACCAUAAUGAAUUAAAAACAACUGCUACAGUUUAACUCAUGAAAAUAAUUACUUUGAGAUGGAUGAUAUCUGUAAUGGCUGCCAGCCUCAUGCAGGUACCGGUAUUCGCAGCGUGGGGACUCCAGGGAUGUCCUCAGCUCGCCACAAGACUAACGACGAUUGGGUGGUCACAGUGUUGGACUGGGCUGACCUAGCGCCAUCUCUCCUGAUCAUGAGGAUUGUUGCUGAUGCUAUCAGUCACUGGUUUGUCUGGUCCAGGCUACUGUGAUUCUUUGAAUAUUGCUGACUGUGCGAGACAAUGACACUCAUCCACUAGUGGUUUGUUCGUUGUUGUUUAAUGCCACACUCAGCAAUAUUCCUGCUAUAUGAUGGUGGUCUGUAAAUAAGCGUCUGGAUGAGACAAUCCAGUGACUGACAUUGAUCUAUGCAAUUGGCCUACAACAGCAUGCAAUCAAGCAAAUGACUUAGCCAGACCACACGCUACAGUUAGCCGCCUCUUCCGACAAGCAGGGGCUGCUGGGGACCUAUUUUCUUACCCGGAUUCCCCAUGUGUGUCACUCACCAGUACUGCCACUACCAGAGAAGUCAAGCUGGGAGUAGGGGCUUGCUGUGCUUGUGUAAGAUGAAACCCAUCUUUGAUGUCUGAGGUGAAAUUCUAUGAAACAUCACACAGUUUCUAUAUUAGUUUCUAAUGUUUAAUUUAUUGUGGUCUAAAGUUUGUGUGCGUGGCGUACCUUGUAUGUGUUCAUGGAGAUGUCUAUCAAUGUAAAGGAAACGAAAGUGCAAUAUUGAAGAUUAUUUAUUACCUUUCAUCCCUGCCUCAGUACAUGAUUCCAUCAACUUCCUGUUAGUGUCCCUCUGCUUCGUCGCCUAGCAACCAUCUUGUAGUAGGGGAAUCAUUAUAUUAACGAAGUCUUCCUUGUUUGUGAUUCGACAGACAAAUGAAAUUUGUUUGUUUUAACGAUGUAUUAUACAUGAUGGGGAUAUGUCCGUGGUGACACCUGUCGACCAGGUGGACAUGUUGAUGUUGUGUCGGAUUUGUGAUGCAAAGAUAUUUUUAGCCAAAAUACCAAGCUUCCUACUAACAAUGUUUGCUGUGUUCCUGCAGGGUGGAGAUCGUGGAUGGUCUGUUCAGUCUUAUUAAAGCAUGUAUAACCCAUGUGGCGGACCAAAUAGGGGUGUUUAGAAUAAGCUUUAAUUGUAUAUUUAAGUGACUCAAGUUCUAAACGAUGGCUGGAUGAAUAAAUAUUUAUAUAUGUCAGAACUUUGAGAAGCAUAUCUCCUGUUACCAAAUGUGAUAGAAGUACUUAGUCAGUUAAGUAUGGUCUUGUGAAAAUUGUUUAUUCCAGAUCAAUUCUAUUGAUUGUUGCACAAAUAUUCUUUGCCAAUAUCAACAUAGGGCAGCCCCCCCCCCCACACACACACAAAAAAAUGGUAGUCAAAUGACAAAGAUAAUUAAAUGUAAUAUAUAAAUUUUCAUAGCCAGAAUUCUGAAAAUACUAGUUCAUAAAAAUAUUAAAAACUUCAACAGAUUUUAGUUAAAGUUGAAACCGUAUGACCAGCAAUCAGGGUUGAAAUAACAAGUUAGUGCAUUCUGUGUGGCAUCACUUAUGUCUUUAAUGCAGACAAUAAACUUGGCUGGUCAAGAAAAUUUUGUCCUUUCUUCAUGUACAUGUAGAUACAUGGCUUCUGGGGUGCUGUGUGGUCAGUGUAGGAAGUACUGGUCGGCCAUAAACAGUUGUUUAUUGUCAAAGUUGGAAAUUAGUGUUACGCUGCAACGAAGCAGAAGUGUGAAAAUCAAGAUUCAAGGUUUCAAAUAGUUGUCACUUCAUCAGUACCAGAGAACCAUGAUGGUUAUAUGUCCUUCAUUUGUAAUCAUGUGACACCAGUUGGUAAUCAUAAGCUCCAAGUUCAUAGCCACCAAGAUAUUGCAGUAUACACAUCGUUGAGGUUGGAGAUUGAAUGUAACCAUUCAUUGUGAAUGUACCAUUGUAAUUUAUGCUCCCUACCAUCAUUCCUAGAUAUUUCAUCAUGGUACACAAUAUACACCAUACAAACCAGUACGGGUUGUUGACUGACUGUAUACAGCAGUCCUCCUAUAGCCAGCAUACUGCAGUGUCUGUGGUGUUCCACAGGGAGUGAAUACCACCAGGCCAACCAGUGAAUGAUCAUCAGUUACAUAGAAAAUAUCACUCAAUUAUUACAUAGAAUUAGUUGUUAUGAUGGUGUUCAGCUGUCAUACAAGUUAUGUCAGGUUUAGCAUGGAUUUUGUGCAAGCAAAAUACUUCAUAAGUAAAACAAUCAAAAUGUACUUGUAUUGGUGAUCAAAUCAAAACAAAUCUUUGUUUUUACCAACGAAUAUGUAUGUUAAGUUUUUAUUCAUCCACAGCAGACUAAAAUUGAAAGCAUUACAUGCUCUUCUGGUGAUACUGCUCUCUGGGUUUAUAUUUGCAUGACAAGUGAAUAAAUGUGUAUAUUUCCCCCCCCCCUAGAUCUGUGCCCUGUGAAGAUGUCUCCUAUAUUUUGUUAGAAUCUGUGUAAAGAACUGCUUUAAUAUGAAUACAGCUUGUAAGGUAGUCAGCUCUUACAUACUGUCAUUUUCAAAGUGUUGAAAUUGGAUUUUGAAAAAGUAAAGUGAAAAGAUUUUAACCAUUUAUCUAGCAAAAUAUACUGAUGGAAACAAGGCAUAAAGAUGUUGCAGAAUAAUGAUUGCUGCUCAAUAAAAGGGCUCCAUCGUGUCUCGGAAAAUGUCGCGAAGUAUUUGUACCUGAUCAUGUUCAUUACUUUUCGGAUUUCUUUGGAGAAAUAAAAGGAAUUUAAACCAAAUAUAUACUUUCUUUGUCAGCCAUUCGUUUCAUUUUCUCCAUCAGUAUGUCAAAAGAAAAAAAUCUUUUCAGUUAACACUAGCUUGCUACAAGGUAUACGAGGAAGGUUUUGCUGUAAUCCUGUUAUCAAGGCGGAGAGUGACAGUGUGUAAGGCUGUGCUGCUCAUACCGAUGCAUUUUACGCCAAGCUUCUUGUGGACGUUGUCGGCGAUGUUGACAACGCUGCAGUGAGCCAGGAGGAACACCAUGGGCCUCAUGUGAUCAAUGUUAUAAUAAUUAUUUUCAGUUUAGUUCUAUUUAAUUUUUUGCUGAAGACUUGGUUAGAAAGCCAAAGUUGUAAGGACUUUGUUUUGGUAAAAAUAUUCUGUCAUAAAA